AUGGCAUUCAUCUUCGCAACUCUCGUCACUGCUCUCCUGCUCCCUGUCCUCCUAGCCACCAAGCGCCUGUACUUCCAUCCCCUCUCCCGAUAUAAUGGCCCUCGACUCUGGGCAUUAACCCGGGUCCCCUACAUGCUCGCCUUCCGAUCGGGUCGGCUUGCUCAUAAGAUCAAAUCCUUUCACGAGGUCUAUGGCGACACCGUCCGCGUAGCUCCUAAUGAGGUGUCAUUUAUCAACCCCGCAUGCAUCAAGGAUAUCUACAACCGUCGACCGAACUCGCACUACAAAUCUAUUCCCAAGGACCCAACACGCCAACCGCCACCGCGGCCCAGAGAGCCCAUCAGCAUCCUCGAUGCCGGCGAUGCAGACCAUACGCGGCUGCGCAAAGCUUAUGCUGCCUCGUUUAGUAGCCAGGCCCUGGCCGCGCAGGAGCCGUUGGUCACCUCGUACGUUCGCAAAAUGAUCUCGCAGGUGAGAUCCCGCGCAGGCGGUGUCGUGGACCUUCAGAACUGGAUUAGCUACUGCACAUUUGAUAUCAUCUGCUCGCUAAGCUUUGGAGAGGACUUUGGAUGUCUCGACCACGAUCGGUACCACGAAUGGGUCGGAAUGCUAGUCUACUCCUUAAAAGGCAAAGUACAACUCGCGGCAUGCCGCUUCUAUCCCUGGCUCUUCAAUUUUCUGGUCAAGAGGAUGCCGAAAUCCGCCCAAGUACUCGUGGCAAAGCAUCAGGCAAUCACCCGCGAGAAGGUUCAGCAACGCUUGCGCAUAUCGGUCGACCGGCCAGACUUCCUAUCCCACCUUCAGAAGACAAAGCAUGAGCUCACGGAUGGUGAAAUGGAGGUCAAUGCAUCCACCUUGAUUGUUGCAGGGAGCCAUACACUUCAGACUGCCAUAACUGGUAUCAUGUUCCAUUUACUACAAUACCCCGAAGCUCUGGCGCGUGUAACGGCAGAGAUCCGCAGCAGCUUCACAACGACGGAGGAUAUGGAUGCAAGGAAACUAUUAAAGCUGCCUCUCUUGCAUGCAGCUAUUAAGGAGGGCAUACGACUAACCUCUCCCGUACCCUUAGGACUUACAAGACUCGUUCCCGCUGGGGGACACACCAUCGGUGGGGAGUAUUUCCCUGAGGGUACAGUAGUCUCAUACAUGCAAUGGGCUGCCAAUGUAUCCCCCAGAAACUAUACCGAUUCCUCCCGUUUCCAUUUAGAACGGUGGCUGAAUUCGGAGAAAGGUCGCUUCGCAAACGACCAGCGACUUGCGACACAACCAUUCUUGCAAGGCCCGCGGGACUGUAUUGGACAGAAUCUGGCACAAAUGGAAAUUGUUCUUAUACUAGGCCAUCUUCUCUACCAUUUUGACCUUGACCUGCCACAGGGCCCUGAGAGUCUGGGAAGGUGGGAGGAUCAGGACACAUAUGCUGUUUGGCUGAAAUCGCCUCUGCCAGUGAGAGUGAUCACACACUAA